GUGAAAGUGUUCUGGGAAUUACCAGCCGCUGCCCUGUUACUCGGGAUCAUAGGCACAAACCCUAUUUUUAGGCUGUCAGAGAAUUCCAGGAUCAGGGAACAACAUUCAGGAGACAGCGAGUCCUCCAAGAAGUUACGGCCCCGAAAAUAUGACUCCAAAACAGAGAACUGUCUAAAAUGGACGUCGUAAGGAAACUCCUCUGCCUCCUGCUCCUCUCCCGCUCAGUGUCCUCACUUCAGCUGACUGGACCAUCCGUACAUGCAGCCAGGCUGGGAUCUGACGCUCUGGUUCCUUGCUCGUUUAAAGUGGAUAAACCUCCUGUAGAUCCCAAUCAUCUAACAAUCUACUGGAGGUUUCUAGAUAAGGAAAUUCUGAGCUAUCAUAAAACUGUGAGGACGACAUCUUCUAGAUAUUCCCUGAGCACAGAAGCAUUAAUGGCCGGGAAUGCCAAUCUGACUAUUUCUAAUAUACGAAUACCCGAUGGGGGAAUGUACAAGUGUUCAGUGAUGUACGGCUUAGAGAAGAAGGAGAAGGAGCUCCGGCUGGACGGUGAAGCUCCUCCGCAGGUGACAAUCACAGGUAAAACAGUUGUACUGAAGGAGAAGAGCGUCCUGCGCUGCUCCGUCGCUGGAUUCUACCCUGUGGACCUUGAUAUUAAAUGGUUCAGGGGCUCGGAGAUGCUGAGGGAUGUCACUACAGAUGAGCCCUGGAGGAACCCAGACAGGACGUACAAUGUGAACAGCACUGUAACUAUAAUACCUACUGAGGAGGACAUGGAGCGGAUCUUCUCAUGUAGAGUUCGUCAUUUUUCUCUUGAGGAACCAAUACAGGUAGACUUCAAGCUGAAAUAUAAGGAAGAAAACCAAACUGUGAUCAUUAUCACAUGUAUCAUUGCUGUUUUGUGUGUGAUUAUCAUCAUUGCCAUCUUUAUGUGGACAAGACAAUACUAUAGAAAAGUUAAACCCCAGCUGUCACAAGCAGUGAUAAGACGUCUCAUGGACGCUGGAGAGAUCAAGUAUUUUCUCAACCUGGAGAAAUUUAAACCUAAAAAGAUCAGGAUUGUAUGGACAUGUGGAGUGGGAAGACCUAAAGAAGUCCUGCAAUCCACUGAAUCAUGGUCAGAUAAUCCUGACAGAACCUACAGCGUCUCCAGUGAGGUCAGAAUUCCUGAGGAAUAUCACAAGGAUCCAGGGUUCAGAGUCCGAGUGACCUGGGACCAUGACUCGAUGGAGGAAGCAGAAUCCAGGGAGGUCUCUAUCCGAGACUCAGAUUACAGAUGGACGCCAGUUGUAGAAGAGAUCCAGAUUCCCCGUCUACGUCAUGACACCCCGGCCACCCUGCAGUGUAAUAACUCGGGGUAUUUCCCGGAUGCAGUCACUGUGAGAUGGAGGAGACGUGCUGGAUAUAAGAUGUAUGAAAAGACUGAGAACCAGAGGAUAACACCCAGGAGAGCGGCCGAUAACACCUAUAACUGUACCUCCAGUCUGACCAUCACCCCCACACUGGAGACACAUCAGGGGGCAGAAUAUAUAUGUCUGGUGGAGCAUUCCACCCUGGAGACACCCAUAGAGAAAACCACUGGGAGUCUACAAGUCACUGUUAAACCCCAGCUGUCACAGGCAGUGAUAAGACGUCUCAUGUACACUGGAGAGAUCAAGUAUCUGCUCAACCUGGAGAAAUUCCGACCUAAAAACAUCAGGAUUGUAUGGACAUGUGGAGUGGGAAGACCAGAAGAAGUCCUGUCAUCUACUGAAUCAGUGUCAGAUAAUCCUGACGGAACCUACAGCGUCUCCAGUGAGGUCAGAAUUCCUGAGGAACGUCACAAGGAUCCAGGGUUCAGAGUCCGAGUGACCUGGGACCAUGACUCGAUGGAGGAAGCAGAAUCCAGGGAGCUCUCUAUCCGAGACUCAGAUUACAGAUGGACUCCAGUUGUAGAAGAGAUCCAGAUUCCCCGUCUACUUCAUGACACCCCAGCCACCCUGCAGUGUAAUAUCUCGGGGUAUUUCCCGGAUGCAGUCACUGUGAGAUGGAUGAGACGUGCUGGAGAUGAGAUGUAUGAAGAGACUGAGAACCAGAGGAUAACAUCGGGGAGAAUGACCAAUAAUACUUACAUCUGUACCUCCAAUCUGACCAUUACCCCCACCCUGGGGGCAGAAUAUAUAUGUCUGGUGGAGCAUUCCACCCUGGAGAAGCCCAUAGAGAAAAGCACUGGGAGGCUACAAGUCACUGCAGCUGCACAGCUAGAUGCAUUUCACUCAGAAGCAGGGGCAACUGAAGACUUGAAGUUAGAUAAAAGAAUACGAUUGGUUUUGAAUAAAGAAGAGAUGGGCCUGACGGUGAGAGAUGCUCUGGUCUACGCUCUGGAGAAUCUGGAGAAGAUGGGAUUUAAGAAGUUUCGAAAGCGGUUACAUGAAAUCGAGGUCAAAGAGAAUUAUAGGAGGAUCCCGAGGGGCAAACUGGAGGACAAGGACUGGGGUGAUGUGGCUGAUCUGAUCAGGGAAUACUACAAGGAUGUCUACGGGGUGGAGGUGACCCUGCAAGUCCUAGACAAGAUCAAUGAAAGGCAAGUAGCCGAGGAGCUCCAGGAAGACUUACAGAAAGUGGACAGAUUUGUACGGCUGAAUGACCUGGAGGAGUCGAGAUGUUCAGCCCCAAAAGGCAGGCCAAUGACGCUCGGCCUGAGUGACAGCGGUGAGAUGAUGUGCUCCGUCACGCUGGAGACAUUUUAUCCUGGAUAUCUCCAUAUUGAAUGGAAGUGUAGACCAGAGACGUCAACAGAAGUUUUAUCAUCCCAAGAGGUCUACAGAGAAAGUCCUGAUGGAAGAUCAUUCUCAGCGAGUAGUGAGGUCAGAAUUUCCCAGGAUCUCCUCAGAUGUCCAGAAUCCACAGUACACGUCAGCUGGGAACACGAAUAUACAAGCACCAAGGGGCAGCAAACCUUCUCAAUCAGUGAUCAAGAUUUCCUUUGGAGGCCAGCAGUGGACGACAUACAGACACCACAGCGUUUAUACCAUGAAACCCCCGCUGUCCUACAGUGCCACAUAUCAGGAUAUUACCCGGACGCCGUCACCGUGAAGUGGUUCAGGAAAAAUAAUCGUAAUCUUGAGUUAUGUGAAGAGUCUGAUGAGGUUUCAAUUCCAAAAAUCAGAUCAAGUAAAACCCCCGACAACACCUACAGCUGUACAGCAAGGCUAACGAUGACGCCUACACUGAGAAACCACCAGGGGGCAGAAUACAUUUGCCAAGUAGAACAUCCUUCUCUGGAAAAGGCAAUCAAGAAAAGCUCAGGAGGAAUCAAACUGCUGGCAAAACCUCAGCCGGAGCCCAUAGUGAAGACGCUUCUGGAUAACAUGUCGCUGCAGUUCUCCUUGCAUCUUAAGAACUUUUACCCUAAAGACAUCAAAGUGAAGUGGCAUCGGGGGGAGACACAGGUCAGAAAAGGGGUGAAGGAGGGGUUCAGACAGAGAGAUGUGUUCACAGAACGAGAAGAUUUCUUGUUUGAUGUCGUCAGUGAAAGUCGUUUUCUGGGAUUGUGCUUUAGAGAUCCCCAGUAUAAAGCGUAUGUAACCUGGGAGCACGAAACGAUGGACGGACCUGAGACCAGGACGUUGUCUGUGAGAGAUCUGCCCUGGAAGCCAAAGAUGUCUGAAGUAUUUGUCCUCAGGUUGAGAGAUAAUGCGAAAACCAGGAUGCAAUGCUGCAUUUCCGGCUAUUUCCCAGAUAAAGUGGCCGUGUCCUGGUAUAAGAAGCAAGAUGGAGCUGUGUCUGCAGUGCAGGAGUCCAAGGACAUCUUCACAGAGAUUUCUCCAGAAGAAAUGAAAAACAAGACAUUUGGCUGUACAGCAACGUUAUAUUUUACUCCAGAUGCGGAGAAGGACGAAGGGUCAGAAUUUAUCUGUAGGGUGGAGCAUCUCAGCCUCGAGCAUCCGAUAGAGAGAAGCACCGGACCCCUCCAUAUAGAAACCUCUGAUUAGAAACCUGGAUUUGAAUAAAUGAACGGAUGCGGUUGUAUUAUCUUUAACAUUGCCAAGACGGAUCCGUCACGAACUUCAUUGAAAGUCAACGGGGGACGGAUCCGUUUUCUAUUGUGGCAGAUUGCGUCUUGCUCCGCAUCCCAGGACGGCAAGCCAACUACAACAUGGUGCGGUUUGCGGAAUGCAUUUUGGAGCGCUCCGUUCUGUUCAGUUCAGUUUUGCCCCCAUUGAUAAUGAAUGGGGACAAAACUGAAGAUUUUUUUUUUUCCGGUAUUGAUCCCCUAUGACAGAACUCAAUACCGAAAAACUUAAACAUUUGUGUGAAAGUAGCCUAACCCCUUCAGAUUCACUGUUGAAAGUUCUUUCAAAAAUGAUUUUUAUUCGGAUUUUGUAGAAUGUUUCACUUACAUAACAUUGAUGUCACGGAAGGUGUACAGGAAACAAGACAACACAAAAUGAAUAUACGACUCACUGGAUCCAAAACUAAGGAACAAAAAGGGAGACCCCUGCAUCAGACCUGGCACUCUCCCUGACUGCUCAG